AUGAUGAGACGAUCAAAUUCAAGUAAACGACCUAAAUGGAUUAUUUAUAAUUGUCCACCAUCAUUAAUGUUUUUAGUUAAAUUUUAUCGAAUUUUAUCAUUAUCAUUCUCUGGCGUUGUAUUUGUAUCGGAUGGAAACAACAACAACAACAAUAACAGCCAUCGUCAUCAUAAUGAUGAUGAUAAUUAUAAUUGUUGGCUAAUUUCUAAACAUUAUCUCUACAUUAUUCAUGGUUGGUCAAAUAUUCUAUCAUAUUUGAUUGCAUUGUUGGCAAAUUUAUAUCGUGAAUAUUUAAUGGAUAUACAUCAAUCAACGAUUGAUUCCGUGAUUUUUAUGAAGAUAAAUGAUACAUCAUCAUCAUCAUCAUCAUCAUUAUUUCAUCGAUGGCUGAAAAAUCAUGGAGAUGAUGAUGACCAAACAAAUUCAAUGUAUCAUUUAUUACAAUUAUGUUUCCUGGGCAAUAGUGAUGAAGAUUAUAUUGAAACGGCAAAAUUGAAAACAAUUCUAAGAAAUAUAAUUAAAUUACUUAUGGUCGUAACAUUUUUUGAUAUGAUGACCCUAUUAUUCUAUAUUGUAACUUCAGGUGGUCAUAUCAUACGAUUAUUGAUGAAAAUUCCAUAUAUCUAUGAUUUUGAUCAUUCACAUCGAUUUGCAUAUUGUUCAUUGGGCAUUACGAUCAUUAUAUCAACAGUGAUUAGUUCAACCGGUUAUAUAUUAUUUCGUGGCAAUAUAAUCAAACAGAUUAAUGAUCCAAACAUUGAAAUGAUGACAAAAAUACAUCGAAUUUCUGAAUUAUUCGUAAUGAUUUUAGGAUUAAUUUUUCUUUGUCUUGUACCCAUAAUGUUCAUCUAUACGAUGAUGUUGUUUCGUUUUGCUAUCCAACAAUUGAUGGAUACCUAUGCGAUUGCAAAUAAAUUGGAUGAAACAAACAUGGUGAAAUUGAAAACAAAAUUAUCCGAUCUAAAUGACCAAUAUAAAGAGAUAAUACCUUGGUUUUCUGUACCAUUGACAGUGACAUUAUCAUCCAGUGUAUUCAUCACAAUAAGUUCGGCUUGUUUUCUGAUGAUCAACAAUUCAACCAAUGCUAAUCUAUACAUUUCAUUUGUAUUGAAUCUGGGUAUAUUUUCAUUCAUACGUUUAAUUAUUGUUGCCAGUUUUGGUAAUCUACCGACAAAUAUUUGUCGUGAUCUUAUACGUACUGUAUAUGAAAAUCUGGAACAUUGGAGCCUCCAUGAAUGGAUGUGUUUUAUGGAAUUGAAACGUUUACGUAAAGAAUUUAUUGUAUCAAUAUUCUCGAUGUAUACAGUACGACAAUCAUCAAUAUUGGCAAUGUUAGGUUUCGUAUUGAAUUAUAUUGUCAUACUAUUGCAAACGGAAAAUUUUUCCACCGGUAAUAAUGAUAAUGUUGACAGCAGCAGCAGCAGCAGC